ACUGCUUCUCUGGAUUUAGGUGACGACGUGUAUACUUUUCAACGUUUCACUCGUUGGAAUUGUCCCAAACUGUAGUACAAAAUGUGGAUACCAAGGAUUCUAGACAUUCCAUUUGCGACUUUCGAUAGCUUUCGAUACCAUUUAAAAUCGAAACAAGCGAUUUUGGUUGAAGGUAAACACACAAAAGCCGAAGUAAAUAAACAGAAAUAUUGUCGAUCAAGCACAGAAAAGUGGUGUGUCCUUUUUGUGUUAAACAUUUGUGAGAGGGCGAUUACACGUAAAAAGGAUUAGCUUGAGCAUAUCCCCACAAUAUUCACGUUGGAAAUGGUUACACCCAAGAUGCACAACAAAUGUUUUAGCUAUGUGUAGACAAAGAGUUCGCUAUCAUAAUUUUGCAUAGUAAGAUGGAAGCAGAACAACAUCAAAGUUUUGUCUGCAGUGUGACUACCAUCAAACAAGAGUCAGUUGAAACUGACCCAUCCACAUCUCCAAAUCAAGAGAUUGAAGACAUAUUCAUAAAGGAAGAAUCUUUGGAAUAUUCACCUUCAGAUGAUUUUCCAGGGCCUAGCACUCAGGAUAGUGGGAGAAUGGAGGAUGAGGAAUGUGAGGAGGAUAUGGAGGAUGCAGUGAGCGAGGGCGAUGGUGAGGAGCUCAAGGAUGAAGCUAAGUUGACACAUAAUCACAGUGCAGCAGAAAGCACUGUCACUGUUGGCAUGGAGGGCAACAGUGGUACUGAUGGCAGCAGUAGUCUGAUUACUAAAGACAGAUCUGCCUUUGGGAACAAAAAUGGUACCAAACAUCUGGUGCACAGGUGCACCAUAUGUAAAAAGGCAUUUGGAAAGUUGGAGGACCUGAAGGAGCACACACAUGAGAAGAGUCGUGAAUCUCUGCAUUCCUGCAGCGUAAGGUCCAAAAAACAUCAGUUUAUGCGAAUCUCCACAGAGCAGCGAACAGUGAUGCUAGAUUUCAUGAUGAAACAUGCGGAACUAGCGACUGGGAGAUACACAGGACCAGAUGGAGUCAGACACAAGCAGAAACUUUUGCAACAACUAGCAACAGAGCUCAACAGCCUGCCAAAUGGAACAUCAAAAACAGCGGAUAAAUGGAUGAAGUCCUGGCAAGACUGGAGAAGUGAUGUAAAGGCCAAAGCUUCUCUAGUAAAGAAGGAACUGCAGAAAACAGGAGGAGAACUAAGUACAAAAGCUAAGCCCCUGACCCCUCUUGAGGAGCGGCUUCUUGACUUCUUGGGUCCAUGCACUGUUUAUGGACAUGAAGAAGUACCAGACCCCCUAACCAUAGCGCAUCAGGAUUCAGAUCAGGUCACCCAAAAUGACUCAGAUAACAAAGAUACAAUGGAAAUGGAUGAAUAUGUUGUCCUUCCUGUGGAAGGACUGACCAUAAUGUCUGCAUCGGAUAUUUCAUCAGACAAUGUAUUGGCUGCUCUGACUACAGCCCCGUUGACUUCACCAGAAGAAAGUACCCUGUCAUCUAUAUCAGGAUUCGUACAUGCUUCACACGUAACUGAAUCUUCAUGUGGUACAACAACUGCGAAGAAGGGCAAAUGCAGUUCUGCAUCGUUGGCUUCACCAGAAGAAAGUGUACCCUCUACAUCAGGUUUCAUACCUGCUUCACACACAACUAAAUCUUCACGUGCUACAACAACUGCGAAGAAGCGCAAACGUAAUUCUGGUGGUACAUUAACAAAAGAUGAUGAUCCUCUGGUGGAUAUCACCAGACAACAAGUGAUCUGCAUGCAGGAGCAAAACGCCAUCAGACGUGAACAACUUCAGUUGGAAGAACGCAGAACUGUUGCCAUGGAAAAUGCAGCUGAGGCGUUUGUAGGAGUCAUGAAAGCACUGGAGGAGUACCUGAGGCAUAGGAGAGACAAUGAGUAGAGCAAACUGUGAAGUUUUGCUUGAAUUAUAUUAUAUUCUAAUCAGACAUUGAACUCGAAGCAAG